AUGAGAAUCAUAAUUAAAGGCGGUAUUUGGAAAAAUACUGAAGAUGAAAUUCUGAAGGCGGCUGUUAGCAAGUAUGGCAAGAACCAGUGGGCUCGUAUAUCUUCGCUGUUGGUGAGGAAAUCGCCAAAACAAUGCAAAGCGAGGUGGUAUGAAUGGCUAGAUCCUAGCAUCAAAAAGACGGAAUGGUCCAAAGAAGAAGACGAAAAGUUACUGCAUUUGGCUAAACUUAUGCCGACACAAUGGCGUACGAUCGCUCCUAUUGUUGGUCGCACUCCUUCGCAAUGUCUCGAGAGAUACCAAAAACUUCUUGAUGAAGCAGAGGCAAAGGAAGGUGCUGAUCUGGGUUUAACGGGACCUGGUGACGUGGGUCCAAGCGCUGACGAUGUAAGAAGGUUACGACCUGGUGAAAUAGACCCGGAUCCGGAAACAAAACCCGCAAGACCUGAUCCCGUAGAUAUGGACGAAGACGAAAAGGAAAUGCUUUCAGAGGCUCGUGCUCGUUUGGCAAAUACACAAGGCAAAAAGGCCAAGCGUAAAGCUCGGGAAAAACAAUUGGAAGAAGCACGGCGAUUGGCCUCGCUGCAAAAAAGGAGAGAAUUGAAAGCGGCAGGCAUCGAACUAAAGACCAAGAAAAAGAAGAAAGGAAUGGAUUAUAAUGCCGAUAUACCCUUUGAAAAGAGGCCAGCUCUUGGGUUUUACGAUACUUCUGCGGAGAGAAAUCGUCCUGCUGAAUCAGCAAUGACAAAUGUUGCAUUACAAAAGUUAGAAGGAAAGCGUCGUGCAGAGAUUGCCGAUGAAAAAAGACGAAAGCGACAAAAAGUGGGAAAAGAGGACAAAGAAGGCGGAGCAAUUAACUUUGUGCCCGCUAGGAAUGCACAGCUUAAUAAAAUCAAACAAGCCGAACAAAUAAGCAAACGAAGGAAGCUUGUCUUGCCAGCUCCUCAAGUUGGAGAAGAUGAAUUGGAACAGAUUGUUAAAAUUGGGUUUGCUGGAGAAACCGCAAAAGCUGUUGUUGGUGAAAAUGAAAGCUCAACAUCACUUGGAGACUACACACCUGCAACAACGUUACCACUGCGAACACCAAGAACAGUAAGGACUGGUGGUGCGCCAACAACACCGAAAACACCAGGCACAGUCAUGACACUCAGAACACCUUCUCGUACGCCCGGGCCAGCAAGCGCUGCAGCUAUCAAACAGUUAAAGGCGGGAUUGUUGAGUCUGCCAAAGCCGAAAAACGAUUUUGAAAUCAUACUACCUGAAGUUGAGGAAACUACAGAGGAUGCGGACGAUAUGCAAGGUGUCGAGGAGGAUGCUAGUGAUCGGGACCGCAAAUUGAGGGAACUUCAAGCUGCCGAAGAACAAGCUCGUCUUGCUCGUAGAUCUCAGGCUGUACAGCGCAAUCUACCGCGACCUGCUACUGUCAACUCACGCGCUUUAUUGGAGACAGCUAGUGAAUCAGCAGAAACAAAUGAUAUAGAAUUAAUGAUAUGUCAGGAAAUGAGCAAGUUGUUAAGCCAUGAUCUUAUCAAGUAUCCAGUAGCCGGUAGCAAAAUCACAAGCAGUGACUCAACUCCGCCAAUAGAAGAAUUUCCGGACGAGCUAAUGGCAAUUGCAAGACAAACAAUUAAUGAAGAAUAUCAAUCACUAAUUCAAAACAACGGAUCCGACACACAAGAUCGGCUUCUUCCUUCUGAAACAGAACUACAGACUAUGUGGACUAAAGUGCAUGAUGACAUAAAUAAUGAAGAUAAUACGAUAGAGAAGUUGCAGUAUGUACAUGAGAUGAAUAAGAAUAAUAUGCUUAAAUAUGCCCAAAGAGCAAGCAAAUUAGAAAAGAACCUUGAUGUGACUUUGGGUGGUUAUAAGGCUCGUUCCCAAGCUUUAUCUAAAAAACUGCUUGAAACUUUUGGCGAACUGCAGCAAUCGAAGAUUGAAUUGGAUUCAUUUAAAUCUUUAAGUAUCGUAGAAGGAGAUGCCGUGCCUAGACGCAUAGCGGGUCUACAAAAGGAGGUAGAGGAACUCGCAAAGCGAGAACGUGAGUUGCAAGAGCGCUAUGCAAAACUGUCAGCUGAAAAGGAAGAUGCAAUUCAAAGGGUCAAUGCACUGCGUGCUUUGAUGCCGCAAUUCAAAUCCCAACUCAAGAAAAGCUUAGUUCGCUUGUUAGCAAGCCUCUGGAUAUAUCAAAAUCCUUUCGGAGGAAGUGAAACGUAUCAAUGGCCUAUACUGAAGUCUGAGAAAUAUCUCGAGCUGUACAAACCACUUAAUGAUAAAGAUUCGGAAGUUACUGACGGACCAGUGAAAGGAAUUCCAGAGUUAUGGCUUACGGCCUUGAAGAAUCUAUAUACAAUCUCAGAGACUAUUACGAAGCGCGUCUUUGAUAUACUCAAUAUAUGA